CACGCACGUAAACAGUUACAAAGCAGUCGGAAAAAGGUGUAGUUUGACUGAACCUUCUCUGUUACUUAAUUACUACACAUCUCUAACUCCAAACAGCGUUAAGGCAGGAGUCACCCUGUGCAUUUAUGUUUGUUUUUUUAAAGCGAGCUCACAGGCUGCUAGUAACCCGGGGUUAAUUUAGAUAUGAUUGGUAGCUGACAAUUAGCCCGCAUGCGAUGGACGCGUUGAGUUUAGUCGCGGAUGAAGUGGCUCUGGAGGGACUGGACGGGAUAACUAUUCCCAGUCUUUGGAUCAGACUAGAAAGCAGACUGCCCCCGUUUCCCCUCAAGCUCGACGACUGCACCAAAGGUUUUCUCUGGAAGUCACUUGCCAGCAACAGCGACCUGAGCUUCUACCAGCUCCCGGAGCAGAGAGACGACGUGGUGCUGUUUGACAGGUUUAAGGACAUCGACCCAGAGACGGGCAUUGAAAUAAGGCAGAAGUUUUCUGACUCGCCCAAAGACAUCUACCCCGUCCAUAUCAUUCAGGAAAACAAGGAUGGAAUACAAGGCUCCUGCGCCCUCUUCAAAGAAAGGAAAGAUGUCACAAAGCAAGUUCGCUCCAAGACUCUCACCCCUCUCGUCAGCUUGGAGGAAGCGUUGGAAAUAUAUGGCCGGAAACUCGUCGUUGUGGCGAGUCAGACUCUCAGAUUUCGGACUCUGAUCGGUGCUGAGAGCGAUCCUGACUUGAAACUCAGCGAUGACUCCUACUGCGUUUUGGAGAGAGUGGGCCGAGCUCGGUGGCAAGGAGAACUUCAAAGGGAUCUGCACGGAUCUGCUUUCAAGAUAGAUGCUCGAAAGUGUCACUACUUGAGGAAGUCUCUCGUCAGACAUGAACUGGUCACGAUGCAGUCUCACGUCACACGACUGGAGGCCUCCGGCCAACAGCAACACUCCAUCCUUCUGCUGCUCAAACGCUUCCACGUGAACAGGAGGAGUAAGUACGACAUACUCAUGGAGUACGUGUCCAACUUCCUCCAGCAGUUACCCGGCCAGUUUGCCACUCUAGUGUCACUCAAAGAACAACUUAAUGUGAAUGAACGUACGUUGAGGCGUAUAUUGAAAUACAUGAGAAGUGCCAAGUUGGUCGAGUAUUGUCAGUUUCCUCUGGAGGACUUGGAUCCGAGCGCCGGACCCUGCACCAAAAAAAAUGGUAGUAAAGUGCUUGUGCGCUGUUUGAGGCUGGUAAAGCCGUACACACGGAAAGGCAUAACCGAAGAAGAGGAAGACGACGACGACGACGAUGAAGAAUAUGACGCCGGAGCAAGAAGCGUUUCCCCCUCAGAGGGUCGGCUCAUGGAGCGGGACGCCAUGUCGCAGGCCUAUCACAUCGUUUUGGCCUCCGGUACGAAUGGAAUCCCUAAGAGCGGGAUCUCAUUCAGGAUGAACGUCGGUAAACUAGAGUCUCGCAUGCUCUGCCGGAAGCUGGAGAGGGACGGUGUGAUUAAGGGAUUCAUGGUGGACGAGGGUCGGCAGAGGACCACAAAAUACAUCAGCCAUAAGUGUGUGGGUGUGAGUGGUCAACUCAAACAGUUUGCUAAAGAGCAGGAAAGGAAGAAGCUGCUCUACUCGUCUGCUCCACACACGCCAAAUACCGAACUAACCAAAACACCAUCAGGCUCCGAGGCGACGGGGAAAGAAGACGUCAAACUUUCUGCCACCAAAAAGGUUAAGAAAACGAAUGGAGAGGGCGGCAAAGAAAGAGCGGUGGAAACAACGCUCUGCGAUGAUAGAAAAGAGGAUGAAGGAAAUGGAGACAAAGAAAGAGUAAAGGCAGAAGCAACAAGAAAGGCGGAAGAGGAAAAAGGUGUCACAACAGCAAACGAAACACAGCCUGAUAUUCCCAUCAUACAACCUUCAACAGAGGAAUGUGAGGCUGAGGAACAACCCAAGUCCACGUGUGCCGGCUCUUUGCCUCAGAACGAAGCGUUGAAUGAAGGCGAUGACCCGACGAGUGACGACCCCGGGGUCAUUAAAAGUGUUUCCGAGCUGAAGGCACCCAAAGGGACUUUGAUGAGGACCCAUGAGACGUACCGUCUUCUGAGGAGGAAGAACCUGAUUGUGGAGGCCAUCCGUAACCUCAAAAUCAUAGAGGGGCUUUUCCCGCUGCAGAAGAUGAUCAAUGACGAAGAGAAGCAGGAUGGUGUCAGCUCAAAGUGCUGCAAGAAGUCUAUUGUACGACUUGUCAACAGUUUGUCCAGAGAAGGUUUGCUGAAGAUUUACACCACCACUGUCAUACAAGACGGGAUCACCAGGAAGGUUGAGAUGAUUGUUCAUCCGUCCAUUCAGCCCAACGACGACCUGAUCAAAGACGUCAUAGAGCAGAUACGGUUCAAAAUCUCCAGCUCUUACUCGGCCGUACGUCUGCAACACGUCCAAGAGAAAGCCAAAGACCAAGAGAAGGAAUCGGAGCAGUCGAAGUCUUCCAAUGGAAGCAUGAAAGAUGACCCCGACUUCAAGCCAACAACAGUUCGAGGGUUGAGUAAAACGUUCGGCUUCCAGCCUAAGAUGCAUCGCCUGCGCGUCGUCCAUAACUUCCUGUGGUACGUGAUCUACGGGCACCCUCUCCAAAACGCCGACUCCAACUCCACCAGUCAAACAACAGCCGACCCCAGCGGCUCCGACUCCGACAGCCACGUAAAACCCAACACGAAAGAGCCAGGAAAAAACACAGACGCGCGCGGGCAAACGGGCAAAACUGCAGACGAUGCUGUACCCAACUUAGAUGAUGUGACAUCAGGGGAAGAAGGAGAGGAGCCGAAGGAUAAAUCUGUAUCUAGUAACCUUCAGUCUGACAUGAAAGUGUACGUUGAUGAAGACUCAUGGAAGAAGUUCAUCCCUCCCGUCCGCGUGCACAAAGACUUCACCCGUGGCUGGGCAAUGGUGGGCGACCUGCUCCUCUGCCUGCCGCUCUCCGUCUUCGUGCAGGUCAUACAGGUCAAUUAUAAGGUGGACGGCCUGGAGGAAUAUCUCAACGACCCCGUGAAGCAACAUUACCUUGUUCGGGCGCUGCCUGCGAGCAUGAAAAGACAGCUGCUUUACAAACGGAAAUACAUCUUUGUGUUUCAUGAGAACCUCCAGAGGUUGAUCUACAUGGGUUUGCUGCAGUUUGGACCUGCAGAGAAAUUCAAGGAAAAAGACCAGGUGUUUGUGUAUCUGAGACGCAACGCCACUAUUGUUGACACCACCAGUGCCGAGCCUCACUACUGGCUGGUCACAGAGUCACCGGACAAACCGUUCGAGAGGCGUCAGUACACAUUCAACACUGCUGACGACGUGGAAAGCUACUGGUUUGACCUGAUGUGUGUCUGCCUCAACACGCCACUGGGGGUAAUCCGUAACAAGAGGAGUUCCACGGAGGAGGAGACUGCUCCUCCCUUCGUGCGUGAACGCAGUGUGUUUGUGGGAAUGGCUCACCUGCUGAAGGGCAGUCUGGAAGUGUGUGAUAACGGGCUCAUACCAGGAGACGGUAAAGGAGCAGGAGGUCUGGACUCUGAAUUCUUUGCUCAUCUGAAACGCAACUGGUUGUGGACCAAUCACCUGCUCGCUGUCAAAAAGAAUCCAAGUGGUUUAGAGGCAGAGGACACCAAAAUCAGACUGAAAAGCCUCCUGAGUAAAAAUGCUCUCAGGAUUGCACUUAAAGCUGGAGAGAGCACUUCACCUCGUUAUCUGACCGCCAAGCGACCGCUGAUAAUAGAAAAUGUGGAGGUGGAUAUUGAACCUGCUUCCAGAAACCAGCGCGUGGUCGGAGGAAAGAAACAGAAAAGGAAGAGAACCAAAAAGGAAGUUGUCAAGGUCUCGCGAAAGAAGAAGAAAGAGCCAAAGAAACGCACCCCUGCCCACGACGAGGCCGACCACCGGGCCUUGAAAAUGAUGACCAGACAGAGAGUCUACUGGUCGGUACAAGAAGACUCGCUGAUGAUGCUCUGUUGUGUAGCUUCACACCUGCUCAACGGCAAGUUAAAACGUCCCUUCAUACCUCACUGCGUGGUGAGAGACCUGCUCCACACAGAGUUUGAUAUAUCCAUAGAUAAGACGUCUCUCUCUGUCUCACGACGCUCAAGAUACAUCCUCAAAAAUCCCCAGACGCUCCUGAACUACAGGAUCUGUCUGGCUGAGGUUUACCAGGAUAAAACUAUGAUGAGAGUGUUGGAGGAGAAGAAACCUGCUGACCCCGAUAAACCAGAGGAUUGCGUCAAAGCGUUCUCAGAGUACGUCAGGCUGCUCAGGCAGAAGUUCAGCUCUGUCAUGAGCGCUCACGAGAUGAUCAUUCCUGACACGAAGCAGGAGCUGUUCUCACGGUUUAAGGUUUCUGCAAUAGACAACGAAAAACAGGUGUCGUCCAAAGACACUCUCACCUGCACUGAUGACAUUCAUGCCACGGUGUUGCAUAAUUUAAUCCAGAGCACUCUGGCCAUGACCAACAAUCAGAUGAAAUCCUCAAGAUCCUUUCAGACCUUCCACAUGUACAGUCAGUACAACCAGGAGCUGCUCUGCCAAGUGUUCAUCCAGUGCAGGAGGAGGGGGCUGAUCAAUCGGCGUCGGGUCAGUCAGCCGUUCGGGCCGAAGAAAAACCGAGCGCUGCCCAUCCUGCCCAUGUCCUACCAGCUGUCCCAGUCCUACUACAGGUGCUUUUCGUGGCGGUUUCCUUACUCGCUGUGCACCGACUCCUUCUGCUUCUUGAAGUGUCUUCUAGACAACGGGGCCAGAGACGACCGGCCCGUUACUCAGAUUUACCACGAAACCGAAAACCGGCUGCACAGCGCGGAGGAAGCGCUGGAAAGAAGGCCUGCGUCAAAAAGGAAAGAAAAACAAAGCGGAGAAAAAGAAGAAGACGGACCAUCGAGUGAAGCUGCAGAGACGGGAGACAACCAAAGUCAGAUAGGAGGAGGAGGAGAGAAGUCCAUGGAGUCCGACAUAAGCAACAUGAAAACUGAGGACGUGAGCAAAGCAGACGAGCAGAAAAGCACGGAAGAUCGCCUCGCGUCCGGUUCGUCUGAAGUCGAGGAGAACCAGGAGCAGACGGAUGAUUGUCCGACCGAAGAAGAGCCAGUGGGGGCGUCGGCCACGCCUCAGGCUCCAGAGGGUCCUCCAGAUGUGUCGGAGAUGCUCCAGUUCUCUCUGGACUCUCCUGGAGGAGCCUGCGCCGUCUCGCUGGGCCUCAUGUCUCUCGGACUGCUGAGCGUGUACCUGUCCGUACCCAAGCAGAUGGUGGUGGUGGACAGCAACCUGGUGGACAACGAUGUGGUUAAGAGUAUGGCAGCAUUGGAAGAAGAAGAAGAUGACGACUACGACGGUGAGGAGUUUGAAGGCAAGAAAAAGCUGCAGGUGAAGGCGCAUCAAGCGUCACACACCAACUACCUGAUGAUGCGAGGGUACUGCUCUCCCGGCAUAGUCAAACUUCGUAACCUCAACACCAACGACAACAUUGUGAUGGAGUCGUGUACGAUGAGGUUGCAGCUGCGCAACACGCCGGCUCACGGCAUCUUCAGCGUAGAGAACUCUGUACCGCUGGACUUGACUAGAUGCGGCCCGUCCCUGCUGCCCUCCAUCCUGACCUACUCUGUGCGCUCAUCCCGCUCUUCUCCGCCCAGUGUGGAGGAGUGCGACGGGCGUUUCAUCCAGCAGAGAGGAUACAGCCCUCAGGACCUUGAAGCGUGUGCUCGGCUCAGGAGGAGCUUAGAGGAAGCCGGUGAGAACGGUUUGGACGUGCACGACCUCCACGAGGCUCACACGGACCUGCAUGAGCCGCAGUCCGGACGCACCAGGAGCCUGGAUCAGUACGUGAAGGACCUACAAGAAGAAGGUCAGGUGGUAAGAGUCGGGAGCUCGGGCGUCCGCUGGGUGCUCAUGCAGCACGCUGAUCCGUGGCUGCUGACCGUGAACUCCAAGCAGAGGACUCAGUCGCGCUCUCUGGAGAGCAAGCACAGCCUCGUCUUCAUGCGCAAGAGGAGAAGGAGCAGAAGCCUCUGUCAGGACGCCGAUGAAUCGCCGGCUAAAAAAGUAUCUGUGGACGAAGAGAAGAGCGCCGACGCAGAGGAACAGGGCGGAGCGGCGAGCAGCGUUACGGGAGAGAAGCCCGACGAGGAGCAGGUGGAGAAGGAGAAGGCCGGCGAGGAGCAGGUGGAGAAGGAGAAGGCCGACGAGGGGAGAGGAGGGACGGCGCCGGACGUGGAAGAGGAGAGAGGAACGCAGACGGAGCCUGAGGAGAAGAGAGAGGAGGAGAGCGUGGACAUUCAAAAAAGACAGGGACAGGAGAGAGAACAGAGUGACAACGAAAGAGACGAGGAGGAAUGCUCUUCGCCUUCAGGAUCAGCUGACGACGACGAAAACGUGAGCUUCAUCAGCCGCCCGUGGCGCAUGGUUGACGGAAAGCUGAACCGGCAGGUGUGCAAGGGCAUGCUGGAGGCCGUCCUCUACCACAUCAUGUCUCGGCCCGGAAUCACCCAGCAGACGCUGGUAGAGCAUUACAAGGAUUUGCUGCAGCCGGUGGCGGUGCUGGACCUCGUGCAGGCGCUUAUAGACAUUGGCUGCGUGACGAAGAAAGUCCUGAACAAACGUCCCAAACCCUCGCUGUUCGCCCGCUGCCAGGCAAACCAACGCAGGGCGAACACGGAGGAACCGGACACUGUGUUUUAUGAGCCCACCAUCAGCUGCUGCCUGCGGCUCUGCCAGGCGUUACCCAACGAACGACACUGGAACUACUGUGUGCCCUGAAAGUGUUCACCGGCCUCGCCGGGGCUGCACUUUCCCUUCCUUUCGAGAUGAUACGAUAAAGGUUUUUGUGUUUAAGCCUCCAAGUGAACGCAGCAGUCGGGAUAUUGUCAUAUGUAAAUAAGACAUGUUUGUUUCUUUGUGCUUUUUUUUUCAUUUGCUUGGACUUUAACUUAAAAUUCUAAAUAAAAACACGUGACUUAAACAUGUGUUGCAGCAAAGUGUCAGGUUUAGUGGGGACCGAAUACAUCUGUUGUUGAAUCUAUCAUUGUGUUCUUGAGUUCAACAGGUCCAGGUCUGAACUGCAUGUCCUGUUCUUUUCUAAUAAACACUUCUGGAUUUA